UGCUGCAUGGGACUUGUGAACGGGUUUGCUCCCAACCGUGAAUCGGAAGGCAUUGCGUCAAGUGAUUUCACCAAUGCCGACAUCCCAGGAAAGAGGAUGAGGCAGGCUGUCAUGGAGAAAAACCCUUCACCUGGAGACCAUCUCGAGAAAGGUGGAGCGCUUAAAGAGAAGAAUGGAACAGCACAAUCAUUUCAAGCCUGUUUGGAAGGCAAAUGUGGACAUGGCGGGGAGAAUGAUGCCACCCAAGACCCCUCCUCUCCUGGGGACAGCCAUAAAGAGGCAGCUGACCCCCUGCUCUCUUCUCAUUCCUAUUUGCACAAGGAAGCUACAGAAACAGCCACUGAAGCCACAAAGAAAUUUUUUGUACGAGAUGAAGUUGUUAAGAGGAACACUAGAGCCUCUCAGAGAGCUUAUGAUAACAUCUAUGAAGAAUUAGCAUCCUUUUCUCAGGGCUACUACUUGAACGUAAAGAAAAACCAACUCUCUAAGGCCCUUGGCAUACUGGAGCUGUCCAUGAAUGCUGCUCCUGUUAAAAUAGCCCAUAAUCAUGUGGAUGGAAGUCAGUUCUCCUUCCCCGUGGAUGAAACUCUCUCCGAAAUAUCAAUCUCAGUCAAGACUUUGAGGCGUGAGAGAUUCAACUUUAACAUCUGGCAACCUUCAGGUGACCCAUUAGGAAAACCUCGUCUGAUGAUUGACACAAGCAAUCAAAAGUCGUGAAGGUAUCUCCUCUCCCUCAGCAAGGUCGGUGGACUGUGUCCGUGACCCCAAGGGGCUCUUAUGAGGUGGAGAUUAGAGGCAAGAGUUUGCUUGACUUCACAUACCAGAUAAUGCAGAAGCAGAACAACUACAUGCUUCCAAUUCAAGGACAGCCUAUGAAAGGAUCGAAUUAUACUAUCUCCAUAAAGAUGCUGGCAGCAGACAGAGGUACCCAGAUGCAGAAUCUGGUCAUUUCUGAUGGACUAGGAGGUCCUAUUCACUCCAUCGUUUUAAACCAGACAUCUGAUGCCCUUGGCAAUAUCUUGGCCUUUGCUCCGAUUCAACUGGAUUCAUUGUCUCCGGUGCUAAAAGUAGAAGGUCUGUCUCCCGGCAACCUGCCCUUCUCACGUCUCAACAUCAAUCCUAUCCAUGUGGCGUCAAUAAGGAUUCUACCCUUGGCAGGCCAAGAGAGUACAUUGUUGCCCGGUGGGAGCCUAGAAUUCUCUGCACAGGUGGUGAAUGAUGGAUCAGAUGCAAUGUUCACCUUUAAUGUCCGGGAUGACUUGGGCUUCAUGCAGAGCUUUAGACCUGUACAAGGUUUCCUGAGGAAAGGCGAGAGCACCACUCUGAUGGCAACGUUUGUGGCACCUGCCAAGGAUUCCAACUUUGCCUCAAGUCUUGCAACAUUUACAGCGAAAACCAGUUCAUCGCAAAACUACAUGACUCUGCUCCUCUCUGUCAUUCCCAAAACAGCCUUGGAAACUGAAGAAAACCCACCAGUCUAUCACUUUCUCCAAUUCUACAUGCCUUGUGGAGCUGACAGCCAGCAAAGACCCGACUGCUCUCAACACAUCUGGAACAUGACAUUUUCGGCUGAGGGGGCUGAAGGUGCUGCUGUUAGUGUCCAGAUCAGCCCAGAUCCCAGCGCUUUGUCCUGUCACUCAGAAGAAGAGGGUAGCAAUAAGAAGCUCACCUGUGAUUACAAGUCCAGCUGCUGUUCUCCUUUGGCAGAAGUCCUGAUCAGUGAUGAGAAUGGCAACGUGAACCAUUUCACCGUGGAUCACAACACACAGCCUCCCGCACCAGCCUUCAUCAGCAACUAGAUGUCCGGAAGGCUGAAUCUGUUAUGAGUACCAGGUUGUGCUCUGAGAGAUCGUCCAAUUUUCUUCAGUAGCAUUUUGAGUACUAUCCAACUGAUCAUCCAGCACUACAUCAAUAAUUGCUGUAUCUUGUCCAUCCAUCUGGUUUUCCUGAUAAACAUCUGGACUGGUUCAUCUAUCCUUCUCCCGUGCCGCAUGAGAUUAUAUUUCUGCUGUUGUUGCUCAGGUGAUCAUUUGCCUCCAGCAUUUUCUCAUAUCGCUGCUGUUGACCUGGAGGUGCCUGCUUACUUUAACUGGAAAGCUGAAAUGACCUUCACACUUUAGGUGACCUUGAAGGGACUAUAUAUACUUUUAGCAUCUACACCCAAGUUCUUUGCUCAUUCUUCCCAUCUCCACUCUGCCAGAGUAAAGCAACAUAGCAGGAUUCGAGGGUGUCGAGAAAUGACAUGUUUUUUUCAUGCACAAAGGGCCUCUGUCCCUUUCUUUCUCCCUCCCCUGGCAGACCUGCCAAGUCACAAGUAGAUCCUGAAAUAUGGUUGGUUUUGUUUCUAGGU